UCUGUGUUGUUCAUAUUGCCUACUGUUCAGUGUCAGUAGCAGGAUUCAGCUGAUCCACAGUGAUUCUCCCAGGCGCUCCAUCUAUCCUGAUGACAGUGCGGGUGUGGCGGCAGGUUCCUCCCACCUGUUGUCAGCAGUGAUGAUGUGCUGCUUCUCUUGGGAGAAACACAAGACGUACAGUGUACUCCUGACAACAGCCUUCGGAUAUUUACAGGAAACAUCGUUUUUAAUCAGCGUCCUAUAAAGAGAAAUUUACUAACAUUGUACAAUGACUGCGAAUCAUGUACCAAAGCGUCGAAAAGGAGGGUCAACGGAAAGAUAACGAUGCAUUAAUAAAAGCCGAUAGUUUUGAUCCCCCGGAAGAUGCAACUCCAAACUGGAGUUGCUACAAACUGAUUAUUGAUCCUGAUUUGAGCAGCGGAAGUCAGAAACUGUACCGCUAUGAUGGACAGCACUUCAGCGCACCACAUCCUGAAUGUUUCCCCGUGGAUGUUGUACGAGAUCCCAGAAUUGCUCGUUUUUGGACAAAAUUCAAAGAAACAGAUCUCCCGGUCCCCAAAUUCAAGGUUGAUGAGAAUUAUGUUGGAGCGCCGAAGGAGUUGACAUUUGCAAGGCUUAAUGACAACAUUAGAGAUGGUUUCCUGUCUGAAAUGUGUAAACACUUUGGAGAGGUUCAAGAUUUGAAAGUUUUGUACAAUCCUAAAAAUAAGAAGCAUUUAGGAAUAGCAAAGGUCAUUUUUGAAUCUGUAAAGGCAGCAAAUAAUGCAGUAAAAAACCUCCACAACACUUCUGUAAUGGGAAACAACAUCCAUGUGGAGUUUGACCCCAAAGGUGUGAAGAGGAACCGAUACUUCCGUAUGCUUGUUAGUGGUUUAUAUACACCUUUUACUCUCCCUGUUGGAGACGAGGCCUGGGGACCCCAGUCGCCAUCUUCCAUCACUGACUCUUUCGCUGAGUGUGAAUCACUGAAGAAGCUGUCGUACACAUUAUCAUCAUCAUCCUCAAUAUGUAAUGGCUCUCCUUCAUUGGAUUGUUCUACACCUUUAUCCAUGGAUACGGCCUACUCCAGCAUGCAUCAGGACACACCGAGUAGCUUCUGGCAGACCCCUCAAUACCAAGAUACCCCUUGUACGCCUUCUCUGACCCACAGUAGACCAGGCACACCAUCUCAGUGUGAAAGGACCCCAAUUGAGUCUGCGCUGAUGACCAGUGCCUCCAAUGUCCCUUUUAUUCAACAAUCCAUCCCUAACAUCUCACAGCUACAGCCUGGUCAUGUGACUCAACCAGCCUCAAGUAAUCCUAGCAUUAUUCAAGGUGCUGUGCAAAACUUUUGGAUGCUAGGUGGAGCUCCUUCUCAAAACAGUAGCUUCCCGAAUAGGCAAAGAACUCCAAGACACAAUCCUCACCUUAGUAACCACGUUCGUGGAGGACACCGGGUCAGACAUCUCGAGAGCAAGUACCAAAAUGCUUACAACCGUAGGCCACAGCACCACUAUGUACAUAGACCUGUAUAUAGGCGAGGUCACUACCGCUCUGGACCUACGGCCAAUCAAAUGCCUUUUAGCAAAUUUCAGGAAAAUCCCACCACACCAUCAUAUUCAGAUAAGCUCACAGUCCAAAACUUUACUGGCUCAGUCAAGGGCCUCAGUGUUAAUCACAGAUCUGUUGCUGAAGAUCCACCAUCACUUCGAAAUUCGAAACUGCUGCAAAAGGCUAUUGGAGUCGAUGUUCAUCACAUUCAUUCUGAUAUGCUGAUAAAUGCAGAAAAUACUUUCACUGGAACUGAUUCCCAAGUAUCUUGCAAAACUCAAGAGGUGAACCAAACUCAUUGUCCACCACAAGCCCAGUCUUCUCGCUCAUAUACCCCAAAACCGUGUCCUUCCUCUGAAACCACAGAAGAUCUAUCAGACCCCAUAGAGGAGUGUCCUUCUCCUGAAUCUCCUGCUCCGGAAUCAAAGCCUGAAAGCCUAGACUCUCGCAUCCAGAUGCUUCUCAGUGCUGGAAGUCCAGUUCUAUCCCUUUUGAACCAAGAAAGUUCAGACUCAGAGACUGCUAUUGAAGAGCCUGAUCCAGAACAUCUUCCUCAGCCCUCUCCCAAAGCUCCCAGCCACUCUCCUUCUUGCUCCAUAGAUGUUGUCCUAAAUUGUGACCAGACAUCGGCUAGUGCAAAAAACACUGGCUCUCAUCUGAGAGAAAGCAUUGAGGAUGCGAGGCUCACUCCACUCUGUGAUGUGACAAAAGAUGAACUUCAAUCAACCAAGAAGCCUUUGUCCAGGAUAUUCUCUAGCACUACUGUCAACCCAAAGGAAGAUGAAGAUACUUCAGAUAAGCCAUCUAGUAUACCAGUGAUCUGCACUAACAGGAGCUCUUUACCCCCUCCGAUUCCUCAAAUACCCCCACCUCCAAUCCUUAUACCACCAUCUGCUCACUACCCCUCCCUUCCGCCUCCUAAUAUGCCAACAAAACUGGGUCCUCCUCCUCCUCCUAGGGCUCCAUUGUUACCUGGUUACACUCUACCUACUUCUUGUUCAUUGUACCCUCCUCCAAAGAACAAGCAAGUCUGUAGAUCACCCAACUGGCAGAGUAGUGCAAAACCUCUUCCCAUUCCUACUAGAAUAACACAAGGGCAAACCUCAUUCUCACACCCCUUCCUCCCUCCACCUUUCAAUUUCAUGACUCAUCGCCCACCUCACCCUUCCGCUGGGUGUUCAUCUACCAUGUUGAGGUUCAGACCACCUUGGCCUCCUCCCCCUAUGCCCAGGUUUGACCCCUCAGUGCCUCCACCAGGCUAUGUCCCUAUGAAAGAAUCACCCCAUAAUGCCACAGUGGAUGAAGUUCUAGCUGUUGUUGCGGCAGAGCUGCGGGCUAUCGUAAAGAAAGACAUACAUCGCAGGAUGAUAGAGAUUGUGGCCUUCAAAGCAUUUGAUCAGUGGUGGGAUGACAAAGAACAGGCAGCUAAGGUAUCCACCCCAUCUGUUAAAUCAGGAGGAAAUAAAGACAUCAAGCUCAAAGCGAUGGAGCAAUGCCUGAGAAUGACUGCUGGGGGAGAAGGCUCUGUAUUGGGCACAGGAAAAAUAAUGAAUCUCCAUGGUGCCAUUAAACUACCAUCUUUUAAGUUAAAAAGGAAGGAUCCAUUAGGUCAGGACUCCAGUGAUGUUAAAAGGAUCUGUCCUUCUCCUGGUCUUGAACAAUCUGAGGAUGAAGAGCCAGAGCAGCAAACAGCCACAGAUAAUGUUGGAGAGGAUAUGGCCAAAAAUGCCAGUGAAGACACCAUGGUGAAACGCAGACAUUCCAGGCCACUGGUGUUAGAAAGUGAGGAGGAAGAAGAUGAAGAGAAUUCUGAGAAGGUGGAGGAUCCAAAAUCUGAGGAAGCUGUUGUGUCUGCUCAGGAGGGUGAUGAGAUGAAAGCUGAUGAAGUACAUAAAGAUAAGAAGAGUCAUGCCUUUGUUAUAGAGGAUGAAGAUUACUCAGAUUCAGAUACUAUCAGCCACACAAGUUCAAACUCGUCUGCUUCUAAAAGCCAAGGAUACGACUCCUUAGUCUCUCCCAGAACUGUCUCUGACUCCUCAGCUUUUUCUCCAUCUGUUAUUGACUCCUCAUCUUCUUCUAGAUCUGUCUUUGGGUCCUCAGAUGACAGAAGCAACGACUCCUCAGACUGUCUAUCUUCUGGUGAGGAUGAUCAGUUGGAUGGUGAAAGUUCUUUUCCUGAAACUCAUGAGGACAGAAGAAUAGAAGAGAUAUGGAUUUCUUCAGAUGAGGAUGAUAAGGAAAACCAAGAGAUGAUUCACACUCCAUUUCACUCGUCUUUCACACACUUGGAAGAAGAUCUCGGCCCUCCUGUGACCCCGUCUGCUCCAGAUUUAGUUGAAAAUGAUGUGGACCAUGAAUUGUUUGAUUUGAGUCCAAGGAGAACAGAAGAUCCAGAGGAGGAACUGAGCGUAAGAGUGUACAUGCAAGGUCUGAAACUGUCUGAGCCUCUCAGAUACACCUUACAGGACCCAGUUAAACACUGUUUAACAAACAAAUAUAAGCUCCCAGACCCAGUGAUAUUCUUCUCAGAACACGAAUCAGAGCUUCCGAGCCCACCAUCUCCUACAUACAGAGGAUUGUCAGAUGAUUUGGAGACACAAUAUACUACAGAUUCAGAGGACCAGAGAGUCAUUACAGAAACACUGGAGGAUUCUGAGAACCUCAGACCCAUCACACCUACUGGAUCCUUGUCCGACAGUGACCCUGAAAUGGAGCUUGGCCGUAGAUUUUCACCUCUUGCAGUUGAGGAGGUGGAGCUGCCACACACACCUGGUGGAUGUCUGGAAAUGGAGGAGUCUGAGGAUCAUAUUCUACCUCCAGGACCACCUACACCACUACCACCUCCUCCUUCUCCCACAGGCAACCAGGAACUUCCCUCCUCGCCCCUUUACCACUGUCCUCCUCUCACUUUCUUAUACCCCACAUAUGAGGAAACACCAAAAACACCAGGCUGCUUCAGUGGUCACAGCCACAUUUAUCACUCUGAGGGAAUAACACCAAUGGGAUUACUGCAAGAGGCCUUACAAAGAAUGGGAAGCCCCUCUAACUCCAUUCUGUCUCCAUGUGCUGACAGCAUGAUCCCGAGGACUCCAGGGAGAGACAUGUCUUCAUCUCCACCUGUCCUAAACCAUGGAGAGAGAAAUGUUCAGCAUAGAGAGCUGUGGACUAGUGGACUCAAUCAUCGCAACUCCAGUUUUGCACAGCCAGAUGCACAGACUAACAAUUUUAGUAUCGAUAAUAGUCAUGCACCUCAUAACCGCCAUAUCUCCUCAAGUCAAACAGCGUGUUUGGACUCGGCACGUUUGAAAAGGCGACGAGAGCGGCUUAAAAUGAGGAAACGAAUGAUUGAAUUACAAAGGAGAAGACAAUACCCAAAUAUGGAUACUCAUUCGUCCUUACAAGUGAACAAUGUGACAGCUAAAUCUUCUUCAAAUCAGGUUUUGGGGCAUUUGGAUUGUGUUUCAGAUAUCAGGACAGAACAAACACUACCAGAAGCUCACAGACAGAAGUGUUUGCUAGAGGACAAACAUCAACUGAAUGAGAAUCAAAGGCUUCAGGAGUCAUCAUUUGAAUGGAGAAAAUGGAGAGAAUCACCAUCCACACGUCAACUAAUCUUCUCUCCACGCUCUGAGAGAAGAGAAAAGUUGGUCAUCCAUGCUGUGUGGACUAAAGGGGUGAAUGAGGAGGAGAUCAGGCACCUGAAGGCCACCUAUGAGAGGCUUGUGGUGCAGGAUAAAGACUGUGAUUGGUUGAGCAGAACACGCUGGAUCCCACAUCCUCCAACCAGCACUUCUGAUGAUAGGCCAAGAAGAUGGCUGGAUGGGAUCAGGAAUCACAUAACAGGUUGUGCACGUAGUGAGGGUUAUUACUUCAUCAGCAAGAGGGAAAAGCUGCGAUAUCUCUGUGAACUUUCUGCUUCAGAAGAGUUUAUUGUAGAUACUCAGGGAAAGAGCGUGCCAGCUCAGAUUCCACCUUCAUCCAGAUCAGGUUCAGAACUUAGAGCGGAACAGCGUCGUCUGUUGUCCUCAUUCAGCUGUGACAGUGACCUCCUCAAAUUCAACCAACUCAAGUUUCGUAAGAAGAAGCUGCGUUUUGGCAAGAGUCGUAUUCAUGACUGGGGGCUGUUUGCAGAGGAACCUAUCGCUGCAGAUGAAAUGAUAAUUGAAUAUGUAGGCCAGAGCAUUCGGCAGGUGAUAGCAGACAUGCGUGAAAGGCGUUAUGAAAAUGAGGGCAUUGGAAGCAGCUAUCUGUUCCGGGUCGACCAGGACACUAUCAUUGAUGCAACCAAGUGUGGUAACCUGGCAAGAUUCAUCAAUCACAGUUGCAAUCCAAACUGCUAUGCCAAAGUCAUCACUGUAGAAGCUCAAAAGAAGAUAGUCAUCUACUCUAGGCAACCUAUUGGUGUAAAUGAAGAGAUCACUUAUGAUUACAAAUUCCCUAUUGAGGAUGAGAAGAUCCCCUGCCUGUGUGCUGCAGAGAACUGUAGAGGAACCCUCAACUAGACAAGGACUAUUCUCACAAUUUCAAAGUAUUAGCAGUAAACAAGUUUCAAACAUAAACCUAUUUUUUAAGAACAAACUCCUGUUCAGUCUUUUAGGAAUAAGGAAUUUUAAAUAUUCACAAGGACAUAACACACUCCUGACUGUCGCAGACAUUUUUCACAGGAGCAAAUGACAGUUUAACAUGGAGAUGUCAUCUCCAGAAAGCAUUUGUAGAUUUGGAAAAUGUCCAGAGCAAAAAAAUUUCAGGCCAUCGCUGGUUAAAUCUGCUUUUCAUCAUGUUUUCAUCAUGUUUAUUGUUGGAAGGUUUGAAUUGGAUUCAAGUUAAAUAUGCUUUCAUGAGUUUUAUUGUAAAAUAUAAAUGAAAAUAAAAAUGUGUAUUUUUCCAUA